CCAGGCAUCAUCGACCUGUCCCAAGUGCCACACCUGCCCGUCCUCGUGCCCCCCACCCCUGGCACCUCUGCCACCACCAUGGACCGCAUCACCUACAUCCCCGGGCCCCCCCAGACCUUCGGCAGCCGGCACAGCAGCUCCCCGCUCUCCCCAGGAGGCCCCACGCACAUGACCAAACAGUCGGGAUCGUCAGUGUCUGAGCGGGAACGGGAGCGGGAACGGGAGAGGGAACGUGAAAAAUCCAUCCUAGCAUCCACCACGGUGGAGCAUGCACCCAUCUGGAGACCAGGUAGGCUGAGGAGGAGCUCGGCAUCACAUCGUGGGGCCUGUACAGAGCAGUCCAGCAGCCGUUCAUCCUCGCACUCUCACAGCCACCAGCACUCUCCCGUCUCACCCCGCACCCACGAGACCAUCCAGCAGCGCCCCAGUGUGCUCCACAACACGAGCAUGAAGAUCAUCUCCUCGGAGACCCCCACCCCUUCCGUCCUGCGAUCCUCCUCCACCACUACCACAUCACCAAUCCGUUCCUCUGCCUUCCCCUCGGCCUCCACCCUGCGCUCCUCCAUCAGCGCCGUGGACGGCUACGCGGCCCUGAUGGACCCGGCCGUCCUGCAGAAAGAGGCCUCGCGGGCGCGGGAAGCCAAGGCAGAACGGCCCCAGACGGAGAACAACGUCUUCACCUCAAAGCUGCCCAGCGGGGCCAACCUCGAACAGUCGCCUUCACCCAUUAAAGCCAUGGAGUCGAGACCUUUACCUGCCUCUGGACCUGGUUCUUCUCAUCACUAUAGCAGAGGACAGGGGAAAAGCCAGCAGCACCACCACCCCCUGGACCAGCAGCACGCAGCCUCGGGCCCCGAGCAGCACAGCAGAGAGAAGAGUCAAAGUAAACCCUUUUCAAUGCAGGAGCAGGAGCUCCGAGCGCUUGGCUUUCACGGAGGCUACAGCCCUGAGCGGAUGGAAGCAGUGAGUCCCGUGAGCUCGCCCAGCCUGUCCCAUGAGAAGGGGGCCAAGCUGCUGCAGGACGCGGAGAAAGGGCAUGGGGAGCACGACCUGAGGCAGAAACAGCAAGGUGAGGGCAGGGGCUGGCAGUUGCCCCACCUGCGGCAGCCCGACGGCCCCCAGCCCCAGUGCCAGCCCCUGCAGUCCAGCCAGAGCAUCAAGGGCAUGAACCAACGAGUGGUCACGCUGGCCCAGCACAUCAGUGAGGUCAUCACGCAGGACUACACGCGCCAUCACCCGCAGCAGCUCAACUCCCACAUCCAAGCACCAGUGUACUCCUUCCCCGGGGCCACGUGCCCCGUGCUGGACCUGCGCCGCACCCCCAGCGAGGCGUAUCUGCAGCAGCAGGAGCACGCAGUGGCCUCCCGCAUCUCCCCGCAGAACGAAGGUGGCAAAAGGUCUCCGGAGCAAAGCAAAGCUUCGGCCGGGAGCGGGUCGGACAACUGUAUCGAGCCGGUCUCUCCACCAGACGGCGUGGGAGAAUCGGAGCACGCCAAGAGCGCCACGUACCCGAUCCUGUACCGCGAGGGCGAGCAGAUGGACCAGAGGAUGGGGUCCAAGUCCCCAGGAAACAACACUCAGCCUCCAGCUUUCUUCAGCAAGCUGACUGAGAGCAACUCUGCCAUGGUGAAGUCCAAGAAACAGGAGAUCAUCAAGAAGCUCAGCACGACCAACAAAAAUGAGACGGAGUACAAUGUUGGGCAGCCUGGGACAGAGAUUUUCAAUAUGCCAGCGAUUACCGGAGCAG